AUUUGUUUCAUCCAUUAAAUUUCUCUGUUUUUAAUCUCUCUCUCAAAAGUCACACGUCGCACCAUUUUCUCUCCCAGAAAAAAAGAAAAGAAAAAAAGUAAUCAUCAAUUCAUCAUCUUCUUCUUCUCUCUCUCUCUCUGUCUCUCGUGCGUGCGAAAUACAACAUUAUCCUUUUGCCGUACUGUUUUAUCUGUAGCUACUUGGCGCACCGGCAUGGACAACAACAACCAACUGCACCGAAGAAAACCAACCAAAAAGACCAAAUCCAAGAAAAACAACCCCAUCAAGGUUGUCUACAUAUCCAACCCCAUGAAGGUCAAGACCAGCGCCUCACAAUUCAGAGCUCUGGUACAAGAGCUCACCGGCCAGGACGCCGAAUUGCCGGACCCCGCCAAGUUCCAGUGCCCCGACGGCGUUGAUGCCGGCGGCCGCCAUCAUCAGCAGGUCUCUGAUGACCACGAUCAUCAUCACCCGAUGAUGAUGAAUCAUCAUUCGCUGGAGGAGGUAGUGCCCCUAGUGGACCCCAGUCACGGGCAGCCCGGCCAGUUCGAGCCGUUGGAUGAUGUUUUCACCCCACAGAUGAUCGAGAGCUUGUCGGGGUUGUUGCCGACCAGUGUGUUCUAUGAAUCUCCACCGGUCGAUGUGCUUAGAAGGCUAGAUGCAGUGUGAUCAAUUGACUCGAUCCAGUAAGCUUUCUGAUCAGGCCUAGCUAGUAGGACCAUUAAGGUUGUAUAUAUGUAUAUAUGUUGCAUAUAUACAUAUAUAUAUAUAUUUAUAUAUGUAUUUUGUAUUAAUUAUUAAAUAUUGAACGUAUUUGUCUCUUUUGUAUUAUCUGUUUUUUGCUUUGUUUUAGUAAUUAACAUCUAAUAAUCUCUCUAGCUAGCUAGGGCUGCAAUUGUAAUAUUACUCCUUGCCCACUAAAUCGCCUAAGGUGUGGUGUUUGAAUAUUUAACUUUUGCUUCUUUUAAAAAGAGUUUUUAAGUGCUAA